UCUGCUAGCAACUCAACUCUAAUAUCCACAAAGUAGUAGUAGUAGAAGGAGAAGAAGAGAAAGAGAGAGCAAGCAUUGCAUCUCCAGUUCUAGCUUCCACUGAACCACGGAGAGAGAAACGCUGGGGUUGGUUUAGGUGAGAGAGAAGAAGAAGAAGGGCACCGAGAAGUAGAGGAAGGCAGGCUGUGUUCGAAGUGCAAGGAAGAGGUAAGAAAACAUUGGGGCGGUGGGGGGGUUGGUGUGGGGAGCUAAGUAAUGCGAACAGGAGCUUGCACACUGCAACAGGCCCUCACCGCGGAGGCGGCCUCGGUCCUCAAGCACUCCCUCGGCUUGGCCAGCCGGAGAGGCCAUGCCCAGGUCACCCCUCUCCAUGUCGCUGCCACGCUUCUGAGCUCCUCUUCUUCUGCCUCCUCCAGUCUCCUCAGAAGAGCUUGCCUCAGGUCCCACCCUCACCAUCCCGCCUCCCACCCCCUCCGCUGCAGAGCGCUUGAGCUCUGCCUCAAUGUGGCCCUCAACAGGCUCCCCACCGCUCCUUCCCCGCCCUCCUCCGGCCUCUCCAAUGCUCUCAUUGCAGCCCUCAAGAGAGCGCAGGCCCACCAGAGGAGGGGCUGCGUUGAGCUCCAACAGCAACAGCAGCAGCCUCUCUUGGCCAUCAAGGUGGAGCUGGAGCAGCUCAUCAUCUCCAUCUUGGACGACCCGAGUGUGAGCAGGGUGAUGAGGGAAGCUGGCUUCUCCAGUACCUGUGUUAAGAACAACUUGGAGGAGGAGAGCUCCGUUUUGGGCCAGUCCACUCCGUUCUUGCUCGAGCCACACAAAGAUAUCAUCGGCCAUGGAAGUAGCUUCUGGAAGAGCCCAUUGUAUAAGCUGUCUUCUCAGCAAAGCCCACCGGUUCCAGCUCAGUCCUCCCAAAAGGAGGAUUUGAGCGCGGUAAUGGAGGUGAUGCUGAGAAAACAAGGGAGGAGGACCAACACUGUAGUGGUGGGGGACUCGGUUGCCAUGACAGAGGGGGUUGUAACUGAGCUCAUGGCGAAGGUGGAGAGAGGAGAUGUCCCCGAUGAGCUCAAGUCUGCUGAUAUCAUAAAACUUCACCUCUCCUACGUUCACCUCAGGCUCAUGAGGAAGAGUGAUGUCGACCUGGAGGUCUCUGACCUCAGGAAAAAGAUUAGUUCCAUGGCAUCAGAUGAAGUAGGUAGGAAUGUCAUCAUCUAUGCAGGGAAUUUGAGAUGGGCAGUUGAUGAGGAAACAAAGGAUGGAUGUGGAUUUAGGCCAGUGGAGCACAUGGUUGCAGAGCUGGGAAGGUUGCUCUGUGAGUUCAGGAGCAGCAUCAGCCAUGUCGGAGGAACCGUGAACAACAAGGUGUGGUUGCUGGCUACUGCAAGCUAUAGCACAUACCUGAGGUGCCAGAUGAGGCAGCCAUCUCUUGAGAAGCAGUGGGCCCUUCAAGCUGUGGUGGUUCCAUCAGGUGGGCUUGCAUUGAGCCUCCGAGCUCCCAGUGGCCCAGACUCAAGGUCUACUAAAGUCAGGGAGUAUCCGCUUCAACUUCUUGGUUCAGAGGUUUUUAGCUCCAAGGAUGGUGAGAAGCUCAUGUGUUGUGAUGAAUGCACCGCCCAUUUUGAGAAAGAAGCUUUGGUUCUCAAGUCAGAGGCCAAAGACACCAACUUUGGCUCAGUACAAUUGCCAUCCUGGCUGCAAAGACAGAGACCAGACAAGCACCACCAGAGCAAGAUCAAUGUCAUUUGUAAAGGAAAUGCCUUGCUGGAAUUGAAAAGGAAAUGGAACAGUCUGUGCCAAAGUCUCCAUCACACUAGACAACGUCAAAGCCAUUUGUAUCCCCCCUUCUUCAGUCAGAGCUCCACUGGCAAGAACAACACCUGCUCUUCAUCGUAUCCAUGGUGGUCUAGCAGCAACCAGAGCAAGAUCAUGAUGCAACCAUAUUCUCUGUCUUUCUCUGAGGCCACUGCAGAACUUGAUGGUGGUUCCCCCUUCAACUCCGUCGAUCUGAGAAAUGGAAUGCGAAGCUGGCAGCAAAAGGAUGAACCAAAGCCAAGGCCUUCAGAAGUCAGCUUGAAUUCCCUCAGAAAGCCAGGAAAUCAGGAUGUUGGAAUCACUCUGUCUCUGUGUAGUGCUGCAGUCUCAGAUUCGGCGACAUCGAACGAGCAGGAAGAAGCAAUGGUAGGCCGACGAGAAUUAACCCAGAAGUUGCAAGACAACAUGCCUUGGCAAUCCGAGAUCAUCCCUGCGAUUGUGGAAGCACUGAGCGAAUGCAGAACAUGCGAAAACAAGGCCCUUCGCCUGCUGUUAUGCGGUAGUGAUGGCAUUUCCAAGAGGAGACUGGCGCGAGUGAUGCUCGAGCAUUUUGGUGGAUCCACGCACAAGCUAAUACACGUCAACAUGAGGAAAGGGGCGAGCGAAACCAGCUCAUGUGGAGAGAUCCUCGGAGAAGCCUUUGAGAAGGAUUCCAAGUUUGUGGUUCUCAUUGAGGACAUCGAUCAAGCAGAUACCGGGUUCCUCAGAUCUCUCGCAGAUGUCCUAAAGGCGGGAGCUUUUGAGAAUUCAUCCGGAGAAGAAGUGUGCUUGGCUGAUUCAAUCUUUGUCAUGACCACAUCACAUUCGGCCGACUGCGAAGACAUCGGCGGGGGAUCCAACGGUGUGAUCAAGAUGAUGUUGCGGGCCGAAGGACGCUCAACCAAGAGCGAUCUCAAAAGGAAGCCCGAAACCGAGUUGCAGGACGAAUCAAAGAGACCUCGAAUAAGGGAUCGCGGCAUUGACCUGAACCUACUUGCUGAGGAGGAGGAGGAAGACAGGGGGUGGUGCUGCAGCGACAGCAAGGAGGAUGAAGACGUCCCGAGCGACCUAACCAGCGAGACCGACGGAGGGAUGCCGCCCCCUCUUCCACCUCAGCUGAUCGACCUAAUGACUGCUCAGUUCACCCUGGAGAGGCCGAGCCUCGCAUCGGAGAAUCUCGCUUCGAAGCUCCGCCGGGCAUUCGACGAGGCGAGGAGCGGCGACGAGGGGACGGGGCAGCUGUCGAUCGAUGGGGCGGCGGUGGAGGAGCUGAUGGCGGCCGCUGGUUCCUUCUCGGAGAGCUUCUUUGAGAGGUGGGUGGGGGAGGUAUUCCAAGCCUCCUUGAGGACGGUCGAAAAGGGCGGGAAUGUGAGACUGAGUGUGGAGGGUAAAGAGGGAAAUGUGGUGGAGUUUGGGUUCAUGGGCUCGGUUCUGCCCGGGAGGAUAGCCGUAGAAUGAAGCACGCGUUUGCCCUCCCUCGCGGUGUAUUGUAUGUAUAUUGGAAUGACCAACAUGCCGCUUUGUA